AAAAAACUCUGAAAAAAAACAAAGUUGUGUUGUGUUUAGUUUUUACAUCACAUUUUUGCCUGUGAUAAAUUAAAUAUCUUGGAUUUACUCGGCAAAAACCGCUUUUUGAUGCAAUUAUGUUUAUCUGCAAUAUUUUGUGUUAACAUAAGCCUUAAUUGAAUACUACUUUAGUGCCUGCGAAAAUGGCAGACGUAGCCAAUAUUGUUAAUGAUAUUUUGAGUGUGGUGUCUGUAGAAGAAGCAUUCAGCUGCUUCUUAGUCCACAAGACAGAGGAGGAGAAUGAACGGAAUGCAGAAUACCAGAAGAAGCUGUGUGCUGUGAUGACAUCUCUGAGCACGGAAAACCAAGAGGCACCGAUCCGCCAGUACCUCACCAUGGCAGCCGACCUGACUAAUAGAUACAAAAUGAAGCAACUGUUAACACUAUUGGAGAAUUUAGUCAACACUAACAUCAUACAAGCCAGAAUGCUCUGUGACUGUAUACUAUCGAAUGAGAAACUAGAAUAUCAGAAUGCAGAUUUCUGGAUCCAAAGCUUUUACCUAAUCAGAAGAGUUGUCGGAGGCGUGGAUUAUAAAGGAGUGAGGGAGAUCAUGAAGGGUUGCAGAGAAAAGGCAUUUACAUUGCCUGUCCACCUAAACUCGAGCGUGCUUCCCCAAAUGAAAGCUCUGUGCAGUGUAGUAGAGUACAUUUUUGAUCGGAACGCCUCCCUUCUACCAGCGUACUUCAUAGUGACUGAAAUACAGAAAGAAUACCCAUGCCGCACUUACUGGUCUCACUGGAUGCUGUCGAAGCUUAUGUACAGUUUCGCCGAGAGCUUCAAGCCGUGCGCUCAGAUGGUGUCCAUAAUCGGGCACUCGAACAUGUUGCCCGUGGUGGAGUUCUCGGGCUACGCCGACCACCUGGUGAACCCGUGGCGGCUGGACCCGACCACGCUCAAGUUCUCUCUGAAGGGAAACCUGCCAUACAACGAGGAGCUCCUCAAACCGCAGAUAGAGCUCCUGAGGCAUGUUCUGCAGCAGCCGUACUCGCGCGACAUGGUGUGCUCCAUGCUAGGCCUGCAGAAGCAGCACAAGCAGCGCUGCGUGGCCCUCGAGGAGCAAUUAGUCGAGCUCAUGAUCAUCGCCAUGGAGAAGAGCGAGCAAGAGACAGAGACGGAUGAAAUGUUCUCGACCCACUGGUGCUGGCUGCACCUCUCGUCUCAGGUCAUCUACUUGAUCCUGUUCGGCUUCGCGUCGUUCCCCAACAUCGUUAUCUGCCUGCACUCCAAACUCGUAGGCCGAGAGAUGCUGAAGGGCCGAGACCACCUCAUGUGGGUGCUGCUGCAGUUCAUCUCGGGCAGUAUCCAGAGGAACCCUCUAUCAAACUUUAUGCCGAUCAUCAAGCUGCACGGCUUGUUAUACCCGGAGAAGGAACCCCUGCCGGUGCCGGACUUCACCCGCGCCCACUGCACGCACCAGAUGGCGGUGGUGUGCAUCUACAUGCAUCUGCUGAAGAAAGCCGAGACGGAGCACACUAGUAUUCCGAGGCCUGACAAUUUGUUGCUGCAGUAUGAGUUCCUCCAGCACCUAAUGAACAACACGCCCACUCUGAUGGGCGCAGACUACCGCAUAGCCUUGCUCUGCAACGCGUACUCAACCAACCAAGAAUACUACGCACGUCCGAUGGGCAUCAUCAUUGAGACCCUAUUCGGCAGCCAGAAAGCCUUGUCCAAUGGGAAUCCCGCUACCCCGUUACCUACUGCACCUUUAUCCAUGUGCAUUCUGGACAGUCUAACGUUGCAUUGCAAGAUGUCUCUGAUACAUUCGAUAGUGACGCACGUGGCUAAGCUGGCGCAGAACAAGACGAAUAUCUCUGGCGGGGGCAUGAUGGCGCCGGCGUUAGUGGAGACCUACAGUCGGCUGCUAGUCUACACGGAGAUCGAGUCGCUCGGCAUCAAGGGAUUUAUAAACCAGCUGCUCCCGAACGUGUUCAAAGCCUACGCGUGGGGCAUCCUGCACAACCUUCUGGACAUGUUCUCGUACCGGAUCCACCACAUCCAGCCUCACUACCGGGUCACGCUGCUGUCUAACAUACACUCCUUGGCGGCUUACCCGCAGGCCAAUCAGAUGCAGUUGCAACUGUGUUUCGAGAGCACAGCCCUGCGCCUCAUAACCAGCCUCGGCAGCUCGGGCGUGCAGCUUCAACUGUCGCGAGUGCGCGAGGUGUCCGAGCCCAAGACCCACGUGUCGUCCGAGAGCGAGGAGCUCAACCGAGUGCUCGUGCUCACUCUCGCACGCGGGAUCUAUAUGACUGGCGCUGGAAGCGACGGGUCGACGGUGAAGGAGCUACUCACCACCAUCAUGACCAACACGCCCCACAUGUGGAACCAACACACGCUGCAGUGCUUCCCGCCCGUGCUCGUCGAGUUCUUCCAACAGAACCCAGCACCCAAAGAGAACAAGCAAGCGCUAAAGAAAUCCGUGGAGGAGGAGUACCGCAAGUGGACGUCGAUGGCGAACGACAACGACAUCGUGACGCACUUCUCCGUGCCGGGCACGCCGCUGUUCCUGUGCCUGCUGUGGAAGAUGAUCUUCGAGACUAACAGGAUAUGCCCCAUUGCUUUCAAGAUCCUCGAACGCAUAGGCGCACGCGCCCUAUCCGCCCACCUUCGCAAGUUCUGCGACUACCUCGUGUUCGAAGUGACCAACCCGCCGGCGGGCGGCCCGCACAUUCACAAGUGUGUCGACGCCAUCAAUGACAUCAUAUGGAAGUACAACAUCGUCACUAUUGACAAGCUCGUGUUGUGUUUGGUCCUACGACCGAACCCCGACGGCAACGAGAGCCAGGUGUGCCUGUUCAUCAUCCAGCUGCUGCUGCUGAAGGGCUCCGAGCUGAGGAACAGAGUACAGGACUUCGUCAAGGAGAACUCUCCCGAGCACUGGAAGCAGAAUAAUUGGUACGAGAAGCACCUGGCGUUCCACAGAAAGUACCCGGAAAAGUUCGCCCCGGAAGAAACAAGCGGUGCAUUCGUGGGCCCCAUCCCGGUCUACCUUAGCAACGUGUGUCUGCGGUUCAUCCCCGUGCUGGACAUCAUCGUGCAUCGCCAUCUCGAGAUACCGCUCGCCUGCAAGAAUCUGGAACAGCUGUUGGAACACCUGGGAUAUUUGUACAAGUUUCAUGACCGCCCAGUGACAUUCCUAUACAACACCCUACACUACUACGAGACCAAGCUCCGAGACAAGCCGUUGCUAAAGAAGAAGCUAGUGUACGCAGUCCUGGGUUCGCUCAAGGACAUCCGGCCGCCGGGGUGGGCCACUACUGAUGCGUUCCAGGGUUACUUGGCAGAAGUGGACACGGAGGCUGUGGCCUGGGUGCCGGAGCUGAACUACUUCUUGACGCUCGUCAAACGCAUGGUUGGCACGAUGACAGGCAACUCGCACUUCCCGAACACAGACUGGAGGUUCAACGAGUUCCCGAAUCCCUCAGCCCACGCGCUAUAUGUCACCUGCGUAGAACUCAUGUCACUGCCACAGGAGCCACAAUUCGUCGGUGGCUGCCUCCUAGACAUCAUCACUAAAGGCUUCGUCGUCGUCCCACCAACUCAGAUACAACUGUGGAUCAACGCUAUAGGUCUCAUCAUGGCCGCUCUCCCUGACCCGUACUGGAUGGUGGUUCAUGAUAGAAUAUUCGAGUUAAUCACUAGUACAGAAAUGGCGGAGUGGCAGUACACGCAUUCGCCGUUUGAUCUGUUCAACUUUGACGAGACGAACGAGGUGAUGUUGGAGAAUAAGUACAGCCUGACGCUUGCGCUGGCCCACGCUAUAUGGUACCACGCCGGCCCCGGGCAGAUCAUGCAGGUGCCUCAGUUCGUGAAAGACAAGCUAUCCCCCGAGAUACACACAGAAGCCCAACUGCUAUACCUGUGCCACCUCGUGGGUCCGUUCCUCCAGCGGUUCAACUCGGACCUGUCUCGCGCCGUCCGGGACAUCACCCUGGCGUUGUACGAGCUUCUAGCGCAAGUGGAUAAAGCACAGACGCAUUUGCAGUACAUAGAUCCGAUCUGCGAUCUGCUCUACCACAUCAAGUACAUGUUCGUGGGCGACACCAUGAAGUCCGAAGUAGAGCUGGUGAUCCGCCGCCUCCGCCCCGCGCUUCAGAUGCGCCUGCGCUUCAUCACUCACCUCAACGUGGAACAGAUCAACACCGCCUAGCACGCAGACUACUACAGUUACACGCCGUCUAGUACGAGCUCCAGCUCGGAAUAGACGCGUGGACUGUAGUGGUUAAAAUAUUGAAUUAUUUGGUAACGUUGUCCAGUGUUGGGCUUAAACACUCUAACUGCCGGUUUCUAUAACUCUAUCUAUCCAUAAAUGGUAGUUACUUUCAUACGAUUUUGACAUAAUGAAAAGUUACAAUCUGACAAAAUCGUAUGAAAGUAACUACCAGUUAUAGAUAGAUAUAGUUAUAGAAACUGGCAGUAAGCGGUUUGGCUGCUGCCUAUGAAAUUACAUGGCGUUAGCGCUAGGUUGCGCGGGCGCAUAUAAUUCUAGCCUUAGUAAUAUGGGGUAAGCUAUGUAGCCACUGGAAUUAGUAAUACGGCUAUUAGAUUAAGAUUGAUCCUUGGGCUACUUAAGGAUUUUAUU